AUGGGUAUAGAAGCCUCUGCUGAAUGGGCAACAGCAACCGAUAAGAAAAUCAGUGCUAGAGGUCAGGGGCUUCAAUAUCUUCCUAAAAGUUUGCUUCCAAUGUCACCUAUUAAAGUCAUUGAUUUUGCUGGAAACAAAAUACAAUAUUUACCGCAUGAUUUGCGAUCACUAACAGCUUUAAAUCUAUCAAAUAAUUCACUUGGAGAUUUAAAUCCAUCCAUGAUAGCAGCCAUCGACACGUACGUUCAAUUAGAACAAUUAUCUCUCGAGAACAAUGGACUAACAGAAUUCCCACCAUCAUUUACCCAAUUACCACUCAAACUACUAGUAUUAUCAUCGAAUAAAUUGACAAAAUGGGAUUUUGAAUUUAAUGACCUUCAAUUUUUAGGAUUAGCUAACAAUUUAUUAACAUUAUUUGCUGGAAGAAUGCCAAACUUAAUCACAGCUGAUCUAUUUUUCAACAAAAUAAGCGUAUUUAACUUAAUUGGAGAAAUAUUAACUACCUUAAAUAUAGUUGGCAAUAAUUUAACAGAAUUACCCGAUUUAGAAUUCCCUUUUCUUAAGAUUUUACUUGUUGAAAUGAACAAAUUAAAACAUCUCCCGAAUUUGCAAAAAUUUGCUCCAAAACUUGAACGCUUAUCAAUAUCAGACAAUGAACUGGAGGAGAUCCCACCUGUUCCACCAACUCUUUCUACUCUUAUUGCAUCAAAUAACAAAAUUUCAAAAAUUGACGAUUCUCUCUACGAAAUUUCGAAUGCUACAGAGAUAAACUUAUCAUUCAAUCUCAUUACCUCCAUCAAAUCAUUCAAGAACGAAGUCAAUUUUAUAUAUUUACAGAACAAUUUGAUCGAAAAUUGCGAAGAAAUCAAGUGCGGCAACACCAUUCUCAAAAACAACAGAUUGGAAGUAAUUCCAGACUUCCACAACAUACGAAUAUUCUCAUUUGAGAUGGGGUUCAACAGAAUCAAAGAAAUAGACUUGUCAAGAAUGCCAAGUGUCUUAGUGAAGUUGUGUCUUCCAUGCAACUGCAUCAAGGAAGUCCCAAAAGAGCUGCUCAAGAUGCCUCUUAAAACUCUGGAUCUCUCUGAGAACGAAAUCGAAAAAAUCGAAGGGCUUCAAGAUACAAAAAUCCUAUCUCUCAACCUUUCUGGUAAUAAAAUCAGAGAGGUGCCAGAGCUACCGCCAUCACUGACAAUUUUCAGAAUCAGUGACAACUUAUUAACAGAGCUGCCAACUCUGCCACAGCUGACAACGCUGGAUGUAAGCGGAAAUAGAAUAAAGAAGAUACCGGAUAUCGAAACGCUCGUGCUUUUGUAUGCGUCGAGAAACGAAAUCGAAGAAGUGCCAAAUCUGAAAAGUACAGAAAUUAUUGAUAUGAGCCAUAACAAUAUUAAGACUGUGUCAGAUAUCAGCGCUUCGUUCGCAGAUUUCUCGUAUAAUAACCUUGAAGAAUUCGAAGUUGACGAUGAUUAUUUGAUGUCGAUAAAAGUUGCGCAUAACAAGAACCUCUGCCUUGAUUUAGAUCUGACAAUAUUUAAGAGACUCGAUUGUCUUGAUAUUGUUGGGAUAAAAAGCGCAAAGUUGAUAUUAAACACUCAAAUCAAUACAAAACUUAGAGAAAUUGACAUAUCAAAUGAGACGGAAUUGAUAAUGUCGAACGACUUCCCGGUAAAUAAAAUAGCAAUGACGGGUAAAGUUGGCUACGCUGAUAUGCAAGGCCAAAGAGGAACAAUGGAAGACGCCCUGAUCGUAGAUAGCAAUAUUGGCAUUUAUGCUAUCUUUGACGGUCACGGAGGACACAUUGUUUCGUCCCUUUCCGCUCAAAGAAUUCAUGAACGUUUACAAAGUUUACAAAAUGGCUCUGAAUUUAGAGAAUUAAUAACACAGGCUGUUGAUUCAGUCGUUGGGGAGCUGAAAGAGAAGAAAGUCCUAGGUGGUUCAACAAUGUGCUUAGUGAGAGUUGGCCAGGAUAAAAUUGAAGUGGCAAACAUAGGAGAUUCAAGAUGCGUUGCCAUUCUCAAGGAUGGAACACAAAGACAGCUCUCAAACGACCACAAACCUACAUAUAGACCAGAAGUCGAAAGAAUCAGAGAGAAAGGAUCGUUCGUUUCCAAGGGAAGAGUACAAGGAAGACUCGCCGUUGCAAGAGCAAUCGGAGAUUUCGCAGUUCUCGGAAUUGAGUCGGUUAUUGAGUUUACGGAAAUAGAUAAGGACAUUGUCAGCCGAAUUGUAAUCGGGUGCGAUGGACUUUAUGACGUCGUUUCAAAUGAAGAUUGUUUGAAAAUUUGCAAUGAAAAUCAAUCAGCUGUUACGACAGCUUAUAAAUUACGUGAUAGAGCAUUCCAAAGAGGCUCUACGGAUAAUAUAUCUGUUAUUGUUGUUGAUUGUUUAUAA